AUGAUGGACUCUUCCGUACAGAUGGACUCCAAGUCAUCGGCUGCCAGAGAGCAAGAAGACCUCAGCGUUGCCAGCAUCGCUCUGGUCUCCCUGCCACGGAACGUCGAUCCUGACUUGGCGCUCGCAAUUGCACAGAUCUCUCCUGAGCGACGUGUCGAGAUAGAAAAGAAAUUGAAGCUGAAGCUUGACUUCUUCAUGUUUCCGCUUCUGCUGAUAUUCUAUAUUCUCAACUACCUGGAUCGGAACGCUCUGGGUUUCGCAAAGAUAGUCAACAUCGAGAAGGAUCUUAAGCUCAAAGGAACUGAGUUUGCAACCUGUCUUUCAAUUCUCUAUGUUGGAUACUGUCUGGGAGAAGAGCGCACCGUCGCAAUUUGGCGUCUAAUUGAGGAUGUUGGUGAAGCAGACGACGCCGAGACGGACGCUGUGAGCAUGUGGCAAGGCUUUCUUCUGGCGGUCAAAGACUACAAGACUUGGAUCUUGGUAUGGAAUCAUAUUUUCCUCACCGUGGGUGCUGGUAUUGUUGUGUUCUAUCCAACUGUUGUUGGAACCCUGGGGUUUUCACGCAAGAUUACAUAUGCCCUCAUCGCGCCUCCGUAUCUUCUCGGAUUUGCGACCUCUGUGUACGGAUGCCAUCAUGCAGACAAGAAACAGGAAAGAACGUGGCACAUGAUUGGCACACUGUCGGUUACCUUGGUUGGCUUGAUCAUUCUGGCGAGCACGCUUAAUACGGGCGCUCGUUAUUUCUCGCUGUUUCUCGUCACUUGUUUUGUGAAUAUCAUUGCCAGCUAUAUCUAUCCCAACAACCAGGCACCUCGCUACUGGAUGGCAUGUACAGUUGAAGGUAUCGCUCUAGUUUGUGCAAUCGCCCUCACACUCGUCUUCCGCACCAUCCUCAAGCGCGAGAACAAGAAGUUGGAUGAAAAAGACGCAGCCCGUGGAGGGGAGAAUGGCGCAGCAUCUGGUACCAAGUUUCGGUAUAUCUAUUAG